UCGACUCUCUCUGAGCUCCUCCUCUCCUUCAUCUUCUCCCACUCCACCAGUUAGGGCUUCUCUCUGCAAUUCUGAGCUGGGUUGAGAUCUGCUGCUACUUUUCUCUCCGGUCAGGAACAUGAGCGCCUCCAGGUUCAUAAAGUGCGUGACGGUCGGUGACGGCGCCGUCGGGAAAACCUGUAUGCUGAUUUCCUACACCAGCAACACCUUCCCUACCGACUAUGUCCCAACUGUGUUCGAUAAUUUCAGCGCUAAUGUUGUGGUGGACGGAAGCACAGUCAACCUUGCACUGUGGGACACUGCAGGGCAGGAGGAUUACAAUAGAUUACGACCCUUGAGCUAUCGCGGUGCAGAUGUUUUCAUACUUGCUUUCUCUCUGAUUAGCAAAGCCAGCUAUGAAAAUGUUGCCAAAAAGUGGAUUCCUGAACUGCGGCAUUAUGCACCUGGCGUUCCGAUUAUUCUUGUUGGAACUAAGCUUGAUCUUCGUGAGGAUGAACAAUUCUUUACGGACCAUGCUGGUGCAGUGCCCAUCUCCACUGCUCAGGGAGAGGAAAUGAAGAAACUAAUCGGAGCUCCUUCUUAUAUUGAGUGUAGCUCAAAAACACAACAGAAUGUGAAAGCUGUUUUCGACGCCGCCAUUAAGGUGGUGCUCCAGCCACCAAAGCAAAAGAAGAAAAGGAGAAGGGCACAUAAGGCUUGCUCCAUAUUGUGAUUUCAAGAGAGCUUUAUCGGCCAAAUAACCUCUCUUCCUCUUCAG